UUCAAUCCCAUAGCCCUAACUUUUUCACGGUACCACGCAUUCGACUCUCUACUCGGAGGCCCUCCGCCACCGCCACCGCCGCCGCCUCCGCCGCCGCCUCUUCACCUAUCGCUCCAAUCCGUUAAACUUCGCUGCUUUGGAAAAUAAGAACACUGGGUUAAUAUCUCCCUUGGCAAAUCAAGGUGGAUUCUUGAUAUCAGGGUGGCAAUGCCCAAAAACAAAAAGAAUGCUACAAAAUCAGCUGUAGAAUCAUCAGUUUCAGCUGCUGGUGCUGCCGCUGAUGUGGAAGUACAAGAGCAGAAAAAGCAGCAUCCCACGAAAAGAACCAGGGAUGAGAUUGAUGAGAUUUUCGCUUCAAAGAAGAAGCAAAGCAAGAAAUCAGAUAAUCAGAAGCCCACAUCCAAGAAGCCAGCUAAAGAGUCGGAUCACGAUAAAAUGAUGACAAAGAAGAAUAAUACUGGUAAGAGGAAUACAAGCAAAAAUGGUUCUAGAAGGGAAAAUGGUGGGAGUGACCCACCAGCAGCUGCAACAGGAGGAGCUGGGCGGAGGCUGAGGAAGAAGACCGGAGAUGGUCUAGCUAUAUAUACUGAAGAGGAGUUGGGGAUUGGGAGGGCGGAUGCUGGAGGUACUCCUUUGUGCCCGUUUGAUUGUGACUGUUGCUUUUGAAGGCAAGGCAUCAUCUGCCAGAAAUUUUUUUUUUUUUUUACUUUUUUUCUCCGUUUUGAUUUGCUAAUUGUUGUAGUUUAGAUGAGUGGUUUUUGAGCUGUACUAGCAAUUUUCUUGAUGAUUUGCUCCAACAAUGGAUUUUCUUGACGGAUUGAAUAUAAUUUCUAGAUUUUUUUUCAUA